AUGGAGAUAGAUUCCCGAAGAAAGGAAUAUCUGGAUCACUUGUGCAAGGAUCUACAAGGAAUUCUGGAAGCCCAGGAAAAGGAGAGCCCAACAACCAAGUUCAAGUGUAAACUUGCUUCAAUGGAAAAUAGAGGAGGAGCUUAUUUGUAUUCCCUGAGGGUGGUGUCAAUGUCGAGAAGAACUAAGAUAUCUAGAGUGUUGAAGGAGGAAGAAAAACUAUUCGUGCAAACUCCUAGCGGCCCAGUGAGAUGUACUGUUGUGGGAAUUGAAGGGGAUAUAGUUAGGGCCGUUGGGAAUAGAAAGCUCAAAGGAUAUGACUUUGAAGCUGUCCUUGACCUCAAGUAUACUAACAGAGUCCUUCUAGACAAUCUUGAGAGAUUUGUUAAGUUGGGGAAACCUUUCAAUGAUUUCAUAGUAGAAUCAUGGAGAGGGGCAAAAGAAGCACACAACCUAAAAAAAGAUAUUCUGGAUAUAAGAAACAGCAAAAUAGCUGAGAGUUGGAGUCUCAAUCUAUAUGACUCCUCUCUGAACGAAAGCCAAAGGAAAGCAGUGGAGAUGUUAAAAUACAACAAUCCAUACAAAAUACUCGGGCCUCCGGGGACUGGAAAGACAAGAACAGUGGUAGAAAUAAUAUCUCAACUUUUGGUCAACAACAAAAGGGUUCUUGUAUGUGGGCCCAGCAAUGUGUCUGUCGACAACAUUAUAGAAAGGUUUUUGAAGAGUAAAUACUUCGCAUGUAACCAACCCUCCUUCUAUCGCCUCGGAAGCUCUGAAAAAGGUUUUAGCCACCUGAACCUGGAUUCGCAGGCAGAGUUGCACACUAAGUUUAUGAAGAAAGAGAGAAAUGACAAGAACUUCUAUAAAGACAAAAGAGAGAAGCAAAAAAAAUUCAUUGAAGAGAAGCAAGCAAACUCCUCUGUUGUGUUUGCCACGUUAUUUUCUUCUCUUAAGGAGAAGACUAAGUUCGAUUGGGUUCUGAUUGAUGAGGCAUGCCAGGCAUGUGAGGCCGAGUCUUUUCUUGCUGUUUCUAAAGGAAGCACAUUCAUCCUUGUUGGUGACCCCAUGCAGCUAUGCCCGGAAACAUCCUCUCUAUAUGAAUCCCUUAAUCUUCCAACUAUGCUUUUGAAUGAGCAGUACAGAAUGCCCUCAGGCCUUUUGAAGUUCAGUAACGAAGUAUUUUAUAAUGGACGAGUCAAAAGCAUCACCGAGGAGCACACAUCGGUGUUUGGAAAGAGCUUAAUUCUGUUUGUCGACACUCAGUACUUCGAGCUUUAUGAAAGCGACGGGGUCUCAAAAUCCAAUAUAGGGGAAGCUGAGAUAGUAAAAAGCAUUGUUGAGACUCUCCAAGGAGAGGAGGUUGGAAUCAUAGCGCCCUAUACUUCCCAGGUAUUACUUCUUCGGGAUAUGGUGGAUGUAGAGGUCUCUACCGUAGAUGGCUUUCAAGGGCAGGAGAGAGACUAUAUAAUAAUAACACUGGUGAGAUGCAACGACCGAGACGAAUUUGGGUUUCUGGACAACGAGAAAAGACUCAAUGUUGCUCUAACCCGGUGUAAAAAAGGGCUGGUGGUGAUUGGGGAUUCCAGAACAUUCAGAAGAUCAUCGACCUUCCAAAUGCUAUUCAAGUUCCUUAGGAACAAUUCGUUGUGCCUAGAUCCAGAAACACUAAAAGAGUUUAUUAGAACAAGGAAGUAG